CUGGGAUAGGCGGGAGAUAGAGAUCGAAAUCAGCAGCGGACACGUGUCCUCUUGAAUUUAUGACGUUUCUUACUAAAAUCAAUGCUUACGCGCCACGAGGAAGAGAGGCAUGAGGUUGUUCUUUGUUGGGCUUGGUUAGGAUGACCUCCUUGGGCAUUGUUUCUUUGUCUUCUUUGUCGCUGUCACGUUCUUCUUCCUUUGUUGAACGCUUCUGCCGGUGCCCACCAACAUCUUCCUUCCUCCGGCCGAUCCUCCUCCUUCCAGCCUCUCCAGAGAAGAAGUUCCGAUUUUUUCGACCGUUUUGCUCGAUGGCGACUGGCCCCAAGGAAGCUGCUAGCAACAACCCAGGUCUUCAGGAGGAGCCUGAUGAAGCCACCAAGGGAUACAUCAUGCAGCAGACUAUGUUCCGAAUCAAGGACCCGAAAGUUAGCUUGGACUUCUACUCUCGCGUUCUGGGGAUGAAGUUACUUAAGCGAUUGGACUUUCCAGAGAUGAAGUUCAGUUUAUACUUUAUGGGAUAUGAAGAUACCUUGGUAGCUCCAACUGAUCCGGCACAACGAACGGUCUGGACUUUCAGCAAGAAGGCUACUAUUGAACUUACGCAUAAUUGGGGCACUGAAAGCGAUCCUGAGUUCAAAGGUUACCAUAAUGGUAACACCGAACCUCGUGGUUUUGGGCACAUUGGCAUCACUGUGGAUGACACUUACAAGGCAUGUGAAAGGUUUGAAAGUUUGGGAGUUGAAUUCGUGAAAAAACCUGAUGAUGGAAAGAUGAAAGGCUUAGCCUUCAUCAAGGAUCCUGAUGGUUACUGGAUUGAAAUCUUUGACCUGAAGAGAAUUGGAAUUACCACGUCUGAAGCCGCUUGAGGAAAUCAAAUGUUCAGCUAACUCUUUUAUCUUCUGAAAUGGUCUUCUGAAAUGGUCGAAGUGAGAAGAUCGCCAAGAGUCCUCCAAAUGAUAUGUACUGUUUACCUAUGUUUUGUCCUCCCACUUUCAACCUCAGCAAUACAGUAUCUCAGCUACUGCACGUAUAUUUGACUAUCAAAAUAAGGGGACCAACCAAUCUAUUAAGAUUUAAGAUCUGUAUAACUGGUGACCUUGAUCUGGGUUUUGCGGAAAAUUAAAUUCUAUCAGUUAACCCAUGGAAAUUGCAGCAA